CGUUUACACGGCGCUUUUACUUCCACUAGAAAUCAACAUUUAUGUUUAAACAAGUGUGUAUUUAUUAAGUAGUCAACAAAACAGCAGUUUUGUUGCAUAUGGGCUGAUUUGUUGGCUUUGUCAUAAAAAAUGUUGGUUCUCGGUCUCCUGUCUGUCAUUGUCGCAGUCCAGGCGGCCUGGAUCGACGCCUCACCAGCCCCAAGCAGCAAACCUCUGGCAGUUACCGCAGUAAUUGCGCCGCCAUAUGUGUGGGAAUGCAGCGGCCAGCCACUUCCCGAGAACUGUAUCUCGGCCAGUUUCGACGGAAAUACCACCCACGUCAAAGGUUUUCUUGUGGAUCUACUGAAGAAACUUGCCGAAAAGGGAAAUUUUCGAUAUGAGGUCCAUUUGAGAAAGGAUGGUCGAUACGGCUAUAAAGAUCCCAACUCAGCUAGUGGAUGGACCGGAAUGAUUGGCGAAUUAAUUAAGAAUGAGGCUGACCUCGCUCUAGCGCCUUUCACUGUGACAGAUGAAAGAACGGAAGUUGUCAGUUUUACUACACCGUUUUCGGAACAGAUUGGUCUCUCCGUUCUUCUUAAGAAGCCAAUAUCAACGCAGAGUUCAACCUGCGUGUUUUGUACAAAAGAAAAGAUGAUGAUUCCAUUUUCGAACGAGGAUGACCUUUCGAUGCAAGCGGCUAUCAAAUAUGGUGUUCUCGCCGGUGGUUCCGUGUACCGAUUUUUCCAAAACAGUCAAGUGGACCCUUACAAAAAGAUGUGGAGCUUCAUGAGCGCCCAUCCAGAGAAGUCAUUCGUAAAUAAUACCAAAGACGGAAUAGACCGAGUUCGAACAUCACAAGGACGUUUCGCCUUUAUCAUGGAAAAGCCGGCGGUACAUUUUGUUAGCAGUCAAAUCCCAUGCGAUACUGUGGCUAUCGACUUUGACAGGAAGGAUUAUAAUACAAAAGGUUACAGUCUGGCCCUGCCGGUGGGUUCAGCAUGGACGGAAACGUUGUCACGCCUAAUUGAUGAACUGCAGACCAAUGGUUCUAUCGUUGCCAUGUACGACCAGUGGUGGAAAUCAACAGAGUGUGUGUAAUAAUUACCGCAGAUAGGAAAUAACGGAAGACUGAAAUCAAGUAUUUCGAACCUUUUUUAUUCCAGUACAGAAGUCUGCGGUUUCGGUAUCAAAAAAGAGAAAUGAUACAGA